AUGAAAGCCAUUUUUAUGCCAAUGAAGGACAAAGAAAGUUAUGGAUACAAGAUAGAGAAAAUAUUCUACCAAGGUCUUUCUAUAAUGGUGUCUGGCUUUCUUUGUGCUUGUCAUGGUUCUUUGCAAUUGACUGAUGAACAAUUGAAAGCUAAUCCACAUGUUAAGUUCAAAGAAGUGCGUGUUUUACGAUCAAUUCAAGCAGAUGGUUAUUGGAAAUCAGAACACAUGAUUGAACAGUUAAUGAAUAGAGCAAUCCCUAUCUUUGAGAUACUUCGUCCUGGCUGUAUUGGAGUUUUUUGUUUUGAUCAGUCAACUAAUCACAAUGCAAUGGCAGAAGAUGCACUUGUAGCCAAUUCAUAG